ACGUAUUAGAGCGGUCUACAGACCGUCGACAAUCGGUUUCAGCAAUCAAGCACCAACGGGACGGUGCCGUGUGAAUUAAGUUACGUUGACCUGUGAUUCAGAAGUGAAUGAUCGUGAUCAAUAUCGAGUAGGAAAAAAGUGCUAAUCAUAAUGAAGAUCAUAACACUGGCCUUUCCGGUGUUCACGAUGUGCAUCGUAUCGCCAGUGCUCGGCGUCGAUGAUGAUUUCAACAUUGAUGUGAAGCAGAGGAAUGCCGAAGUGUACCAUGAGCAAAGUUCGAAGAAAAAUGAAUUCAAUUACGGGUAUCAGGUGGAAAAGGAGAACAGCCAAUUUCAACAUAAAGUGAAAGGACCGGAUGAUGUCACUUAUGGAUGUUAUGGCUAUAUAGAUCCAACCAAUGAGAAACAUUUGUAUUAUUAUGUAGCAGAUCGAUUGGGAUACAGAUUGGUUCCACCCAAUCAACCAACGAAGAUUUUCACCGAAAGAGUUACCAGCAGCGUAAACAAACUAAACGAUGCGUUGAAAGAUAAGAAGUUGGAUGAAAAGGUGGUUUCAUGGAAUGAUCUAUAUCUGCCUGAUUCUUGUAGAAGGCUGAAUGAGAUUCUUACAAUCUCAACCCCCGCUCCUCAACCCAUUCAAACUGAUUCGAACGGAAACAAUGGUCGCGUUAUCGGAGUCUCAGUAACUACCAAAGCACCAGCAGUUAUCACCACACCGGCCCCACCACCGACAACGAAGUUCAUUCAAAUUCCUUCCACAACUUCCAAACCUCCUCCCAGCAAACAAACCGUAAAUGUUGAUUCAUCAUCGGAUCAGCACAUAGCACAAACCAAUCCAGCGCCAAAAACUACGACACCAUCACCAGUCGCACAAAAUUCAUUCAACCCUGUUUGGGUUGCACCUUCCUCGAAUGCUCCCGCUCCGACGACAGUCGGGUACAAAUAUCCCGCACCGAAAAAUCCUCUUCCUUAUUGUCAACCCGAAAGCAAUCCGACCAUCGGUCCCUACAACGGCUAUGUGUAUCCAAUCCACGCCGAAUGCAGCUCAACCGAGUACAGCAUCCACCAACUGUUGGAUCAGAUGGAGGCACUCAAUCAGCAAGUUUUGCACUUAACCGCCAACAUGCGUGCCCUGCAGCAAUCGAACUCGACCUCCCCCGAUUGCCAGCAGUGGCUCGCCCGUCAGCAGUACCCGCUGUUGGUGUACGUUCCAAUCAUUUUGCCGCAGCAUCAUGGGGCCGGGUCCGAGGAUAGCGGCCCGCAGCAGAGCUUCAAAAAUCCCGCCAGCUACGCUUUCCAGAAGAUGUGCGAAGAAUGUAUUAGCAAAUAAUAAGAACAAACCACUCGACGAGUGGAUCUCUGACGAAGCGACGAAACUGAUGAUCGAUAAUUCGAGUGGCAGUAAAAACAGUUUUUUUUUUAUUAUUAUUCGUAGCCAUGCAUGUUAUUGAUGAUAAAUUCUCAGAUCGGUGUUUAUGGCCUUGUCACUGUAGGAGGUUAAGAUUUAUUAUGGAUAGACUUGGCAUGUGAAGUCUUGACCUUUUGUUUUGGCAAACUGGUUCGCAGUGUUAAUUGUUAAAAUAAUUAUUUGAUAAUCUAGGAUAUGUUCCGCUUACUCGGAGACGGUCAUGACCUGUUGAGAUUUUGAAUGCCCGAUGAUGUAUGAUAUGUAAAAUAUAGGUAUCAAAUAGGAAGUAGAUAUUAGAUGCACGAUGUUAAUGUUCUCCAUACGUCGGGGAUAUUUCUUUAAUCAUUCGAGAUACAAUAUGUUUUUCUCAAUUCGCUUUCAGUUGGGAUUGGCUCGCGUUUCAUACAGCUCUACUCCCGAAAGAGUAAACUGAAACAGCGUAUCAUUCAGAACGAGUAAAGAAUACAACUUCGCUAGUCGAUUGCUCGGAUUUUUGCUGACUUGAGAAUAUUUUAUGACAUGACGAAACAAAAGGUG